CAUCAUAUGACGUUUUUCUCUGACGCUGAAAUUUGUUUAUAAUUCCUGUUAUUUGAUUUCGUGCGCUUUAUCCUUAUUAUAUCUCUUUCACGUAUUUAUAAUGAGUGAAGAAUUUUUAAAUAAAAGGCCCUUUUCAGGGCCAAAUACUUCGGAAUAUUCUGAUCAAUUGAUUCAGAAUAUUAGAAAAUGUAAUACCAGUUUAAACGAGCUAGAUGAUGGUACCCAUGAUCAACUAGACAUUGCAUCUGAAAUUCACAGUUCCGCUUUGAAUACGAGCGAUAACAUCUUUCAGAAAACAAUUUCAAAAUCUUUCAGCUGUUCCGUAUGCAAAAAGUGUUUUUCAAAUGCCAGCAAUUUGAAGCGUCAUUUGAAGAACAUACAUUGCAAUAAAGAACACAUUUCUGCUGCAGAAGGAUCGAGUUCAGAUUAUAAAAAGCAUGAGAUUUUUAAUGGUAAUUCGAUUUCAAAUAUAUUGGCUACAAAAUCCACAAUAAGUUCAAAAAAACUUUAACUGCCCUGAUUGCAAAAAAUGUUUCGCUAAUAGCAGCAAUCUCAAACGUCACCGAAUAAAAUUCCAUAUGCCACAACAAACAAUGCUUAAAAAGAAAGUUCUUACAUUCAAAUGCAGUUUAUGUACUCGUCAAUUUAAUAAUAACAAAAAUUUGCUGUUUCACAAGCGGAGAGUGCAUUCGCUGCCCUUAAGCAUUCGGCGUAAAAACUUAUAUAAAUGCCCAUUAUGUAAUGAAAAUUUUUCAAAGAAAAAUUUUACUCUACACUUACAAAUGGAACAUGAAAUACCCAUGGAAAAAGAAGAGAGAGAAUUCUCUACGUUUGAGGAUUUCAUGCUGUGGAAGGAGAGUUUUGAAAGAGAAACAAAAUCUAAAUUUGUUAAAUUUACAAAGGAGCAUGACCAAUUGCACGUAAAGUAUAUUUAUUUUGGAUGCCAUCGUUCAGGACAUUAUAUAUCUAAAGCGCAAGGUAUGCGACAUUUAAAAAUACAAGGGAGUAAUAAAAUAAACUCUUAUUGCCCAGCCUCUAUAAAAGUAAGCCAAUUUAAUAAUGGAAAGUGCACUGCUUAUAUCAGAAAAACCCACGUAGGUCACAAAAAUGAUAUAGGUCAUCUGCCUCUUUCAAAAUCAGAACGACAAUUAUUAGCAACUAAAAUUGCUGGAAAAGUCCCUUUCGACGCAAUUUUAGAUGAAAUUCGGGAUUCUUUAUCUGAUACAGGGCUUGAGAGGUUGCAUCUUUUGACAAAGAAAGACUUAUGGAACAUUGAAAAUUCUUAUAAUCUGCAAUCAAAUGCUGUAAGGCAUAAAAAUGAUUGUGUAAGUGUAGAAGCCUGGGUGAAUGAAAUGGCGAGCGAGGACAACAACUGUAUUCUAUUUUACAAGCCUCAAAAUAAAAUUUUAGAAAAUUAUCCCGAGUUUAAAAAUGAUGAUUUUGCAUUAAUUAUAAUGAAUGACUCCCAGAGGCACUUACUACAGAAGUUUGGAGCAGACUGUAUAUGUAUAGAUGGCACCCAUGGGUUGAACAGUUAUGGAUUUGAACUAAUCACACUGCUCGUACUGGAUGAUUUGCGUCAGGGCUUUCCCUGUGCAUAACAAAAGAAUGCGACUGUCCGCUAUUAUGCAAAGAAUGCAAUGCUUGUAUUCAUAGAUAUACUUGCAGUUGUGUUGAUUCUGCAAUCCGCUGGAAUAUGUGUAAGCAUAUUCAUUCAGUUUGUUUAAAAAAUAAAAGUAAACUUCCAGAAUCAAAUGAAGAUAAUAAUCAUGAGCAUUCUUUUCAAAUUGAUUUAGCUUAUGAAGAAUCUGAUAUUUUGCUUGAAGGAUUUAAAAAAAAUAAACAAUCAUGUGUAUCACCAUCGAAACUUAAAGAUAAUCUGCAAAAAGAAUAUGCAAUGCUAAUUGCCUC